CAUGUUAUAAACAAAAGUGCUAACGUGUUUAGCAGCUAACUUUACUGUGACGUGACAAUGCAAUAUUAGGCACGACAUGUUAAACCCCCUCCUAAUGAUCCUAUGCAUAAACAAUAUUAGAUAUUUUGUUGACCCAUCAUGACUCCCCUGAUGGUGACAUGUGAAUAACAGCGGAAUAAUUGUACUGAAGGGACUGAAAAAGCUGAUAUUAACUGCACCAGAGGUCACGCUGCCAAAUGAAACAUGGACAUGAGACUAAAAGACACAUCACUUGAAGCGUCAGAAGCAGACACUGAGAGCUUCGUCCCUGGGAGAGUAGACCAGGAGCAGCUUUACAUGUACAACAGUGCCAACGUGGGCUUUCAAAAUAAGCAAGGAAUACACAAGGACGAAGAUGACAAUGAUGAAGAUGAUGACGAUCUCCUGGUAUCAGACAGCUUGGAUGUCACGACGCACACUCGAGUCAAAACCCAGGUCCCAUCUGGACGUCCGAUGGCUGGAGGAGACAUAACACAAGUGCGUUUCUUCUCCGACGACGACUACACAGACCUCAAGUAUGACCCUGACUGGAGGCGCAAGCUGAAGGGAGCUGGCGGCUUUUUCCCAGCCACGCAGAGCUCGAUGGAGAAUGGCUUCCAGAAUCAGCCCAAGAACGCCACUCAGCCGACCAUCAAGGGCGGCUACAGAUACAUCUCUGACUCUGCGGUGACACCUUCUAACAUGGCUGUGAGAGAGACCGACCAGCCGUACCUUCUUCACCCUGAACCCAGUGCAUCCCUUGGUGAAUGUAAUGAACGCAGUUACCAGCUGCAGUGCAUUGAAAGGGAAAACAUGAAGCGAUCUCACGAAGUGACUCAGAACCUGCGACACAUUAAUGGUGUGUACAUGCAGGAGUAUCAGAACUACUACAGGCAAGAGACCCAGCAGAACCAGUCAACACCCACACAGGCCCACGCACAGCUGUUUGGAGGUGCUCGGUACGCGUCGCCCAAGAGGCAACAGGACGACAUAGUGGAGCGGAACAAAGUGACGUUGGGACGCCAGACAGACAAGCAGGGCUCCUACAUGAGGAUGCACGUGCUCAGACAGGAGACUGCUCUCCCAGUGAAAAAGGAAGUCGAACAUGCAAAGGAAGCAUCUGUUACUCUUGGACCAAGUGAAAGCUCAGAUCCAGAAACAAGAUGGCUACAGCAGACUCAGCAGCUGAAGGCCUCCCAGAUGACCAGGACGAGGAAAUUCCAUCGGAAUGAAAUCCCUGACCUCUCCCAACCCUCCACCUCCCAUCCACUGGAUCCACUUUUUAAAGAUAACAACUUUAAAGCUUCAUCAGAGCUUUCGUCUGUGGUUCCUCAGGACACCCCAAGUGCCAAACUCAGCGCAAAAUCCCCUCAGAGGCAACUAUAUCGCAGCCCUGUCACUAAAGUUCAGUUCAUCCCUGAAGGUCAGCAGAAGACUCUUCAAGAGUCCUUCUUUGUCUGUUUGGAGGGACUGGACAAGGAUCUCAACCUGGAGAACAGCCUUGAACUCUGUCCCAGCACCUCCUGUUCACAAGCUUCUAGCGCCUACGCCGUGCUGCCCCCUAUAGGAAAAGUCUAUGAAGAAAGCCAAGAAAUGACUUUGAGGUCAACCCAAACCUUCAGCUCUGAAAACAUCCAACCAACUGAAAUGCAGAAGGAAGAAAAGCAGCGAGUAACCUAUAAGACGUACACACUGAAGGACUACAAGAAGCUACUGCCAGAGGUGAGGUUGCAAGGACUCGGACCCGACUACUCAGCUGUAGAGAAGACAGCUGAGAAAAUGAAACGACUGAGGCAGUAUUCAGAGGUGAUCAGGGAGCAGAACAAAAAGAUAAGUAGGGUUCCCUUUCUCGUGACCAAGGACCCGGAAGGUACUGACAAGAAAGUUCCCAGGAUGAAGGCUCUGGAAUACGCCAAGACGAUAGCCAAACCUCGCUUGGCCUCUCAACCGAAGCAGGCCGAGAGAGCUCCGUCAGAUGGCAUCGGUGAGCUGCCAUCUUCUCUACAGGACAAGACCGCUUUCCAACUGGACACCCUGGAGAACCUUCGGAAACGUCAUGAACAAGAGAAGAAGACCGUUGCACACUUUCGGAAAUUCGUCUGAGUCCAAGCCGGCGAGAUUCACCCCCUCACGAGGGUCCUAAUACCCCCUAUAUACCUCCAAAUAUCAGUAUUACUCACCUCACCUGCACUGGUCAUAAUGUUACGGCCCAUGCGUAAUGGAUUAUUCAGAGCACUUAUCAAUCUGAAUGCCUUUUUAUCGGAUGGAUCCGGGAAGCUGUCGAAUACGGUCAGGAAAUGAUUCAAAUUGCGCCAAUGAGUCCCUAGUCUCCGUGAAGGCUCUUCUUUCACACCAAGACCCUCUCCAGCAGCUCAUUUUACUAAUUGUGCCCUCAGAUUUUUAUCAAAGCCCUAUUUACCUGUGUGCAAUAUUUUAAUGAGAUGACAGGCUCUAUUUAACCAAUCAGAGUCUCUUUGAAGCGCCGUGUUUUUAGUGUUAAGUCGUCAGAUGCAGGGAAACAAAUGGGCCCGAACCUUUUUACUUUAAUGAGAACUGCUGUCUCUCCAGGCCGCGUCUCUUAACAUCCUUCUGUUUUGGUCCCACCUACUCCAUUUUUUUUUUUUUUAGCCAUUGAAAAUCCAGUUAAUUGAAGGAGUCUUUCAGUGGCGCACAUGAAGGAGCUGAAUUAGCAUCCCUUUUCUAUCCAUUGCCACGCUGAUGGAGACCUGGAGACUUUGAUGUGAGGAGUGGGCUUUCAGGAGGCGGCAGCUUCUUGAAAAUGAGCUGAUGGGCCUGCUAUUAGGCCCAAAUGCAGAUGCGUCCAUGUGCUGCAAAACGCUUAAUCUUUUAAUUGAUCACCUUCUGCGUGGCCUGUUCUCAGCGCGUCUCUCCGGCUGCCUGAUAAUGAUGAUGAGCGGCACAGUUACCAGAUGAUCUGCUGUUGAAAAGGCAGCGCGACACGCCAGUGCAAUACAGACACUUUGGUUAUUCCCUACUGCUUGGACUGUGCAAGAUAAACUGUUAUGAAUACAGUGGACAGGUGAAGCAUUUGAUAAAUAUUUCACAUCAUGGAUGACUUGUUUGAGGUUGGCAGGUUUUUAUAUUGUUAUUGACAUUUAUUUAUUUUUUUAUUAUUGUGUAGUGUUGCAUAUUUAGUCAACAAAAACAACACUGGUUUUCUGUUUAGAAUGUGCAGACUUGUAGUUUCUAACUCAAAAGUCUUAAGACAUGAAACCUGGAUUAUCGUGCCACCGCUACUUACACUCCAACUGUCAUCACUGCUGUUUACAAUCUGUUUAAAAUUAUAAAUGUUUUUGUCACUUUUCACCACAAUCCCGGCUUUUGUAACUCAACCAAGACUUUGUUGGUGGAGAAGCUGAAGCUGGUGUAUCUUGGCACAAUCACCACUUGACCCCAAUGGUUGUGGUAGAAGCUAACCAGCACCAACACAGUCCAAGCAUUCAAACUCCACUGAGAACAAACCCCUGUCUUUUUGAAGGCCACAGUUCUUGAAACCUGUGCUGCCGGGAAUCGGCUGCAUUCCGGCUUCUGAAAUGACUAUUGAAUAAUUAGAAAAACGUGAUCUGUCUAAUGACUUUAUUGCACACCUGUCAUAUUUAGUCUUGUGGUAAUGAGUCGCAUUUGUGCAGAUGAAUUGUUUAGACGUUUGGGAGGGAAUGUGUUAUAAAUCAUCAGCAUCUGUGUUUCAUGUGAGUGCAAUGAUCAAGGUAAAAUUUAUCUGUUACACUGAAUUGCAAAUUACCAGACAAACAUCCUGCUGACACGGAUUUAUUGUUGAAUAUUUGCUGUAGUUUAUAUUUACUAUUUAUAUUAUAUUCUCCAUUGUGAUUUUUAUAUAUUUUAUAUAUAUAAUUUUUUACAGUAUAUUUUAUUGCC